AUGAAAUGUAUGGAUCAUACAAGACUCCCUGAGUUUAUUCUCCUGGGACUAACCCAUCGCCUGGAGCUUCAGGUCCUAUUCUUUGUCCUCUUUCUAACCAUCUACAUCAUCACUGUGGUGGGCAACCUGGGGAUGAUGGUGUUAGUGCGAAUCACUCCCAGGCUUCACACACCCAUGUACUUUUUCCUGAGUCACUUAUCUUUUGUGGAUCUCUGUUUCUCUUCCAAUGUGAGUCCUAAGAUGCUGGAGACGUUCAUAUUGGAAAAGGCCACCAUCUCCUACUCAGCCUGUUUGGUGCAGUGUUACCUUUUCAUUGCUUUGGUCCAUGUGGAAAUCUACAUUCUGGCUGUGAUGGCCUUUGACCGCUACAUGGCCAUCUGCAAUCCUCUGCUCUAUGGCAGCAAGAUGUCUCCCACUGUCUGCACCUCUCUCAUCUCAGUGCCCUAUGUCUAUGGCUCCCUCACAGGCUUCAUGGAGACUAUGUGGACCUAUAGCUUAUCAUUCUGUGGCCCCAAUAAGAUUACACAUUUCUACUGUGCUGACCCUCCUCUCAUCAAGUUAGCUUGUUCUAGUACUUACAAGAAAGAAACAUCCAUGUUUGUUGUUGCUGGGUUUAACCUCACCUUUUCCCUGCUCAUCAUUCUUAUCUCCUAUCUGUACAUCUUCCCAGCUAUCUUCAGGAUUAGCUCUGCAGACAGUAGGCGCAAAGCCUUCUCCACCUGUGGGUCCCACCUGACAACUGUUACUAUAUUCUAUGCAACUCUUCUCUUCAUGUACCUGACACCACCCUCUGAGAAGUCUGUGGAGCGAGGGAAAAUGGUGGCUGUGUUUUAUACCACAGUGAUCCCCAUGUUGAACCCUAUGAUCUACAGCUUAAGGAACAAAGAUGUAAAAGAAGCCUUACGGAAAGAACUCUUCAGAAAAGAACUUUCUAAAUAA